UGGGGAGCAUGGCAGCAGGGAUUAUGUAGCGAAGGAAAGCUGCAGAAUAUCUUCCAGUGGAUACAAUAUUGCAGAGCUCACUGCCAGCAGAACAGAAGCUGACUGACAUAAUGGCCAACUUUGCCAUCCGAAGAUACAAGAACAGGGACUAUGACAUUGUUCGCCUCCUGUUUGCACAGGGAAUGAUAGAGCACCUUCCUGUUACCUGCAUCUACAUCCUAAAGCUUCUCAGAGUGCACUUUGUCCUCAUGGUGUCGUUUAUUUCUUUACUCAUGGCCUCUAGAUCCUACCUGCUAUCUUUCAUGUGCAUGACGGCUAUAUUGGCUGCUGGCUGGCAGCUGUUGAAGGCUGAAUUCAAUCACUAUGUAGAACAAUGUUACAGCGAGGACCUUAUGGACAUUGAGAAGUCCUACAUGGUAAACAGCAGGUCCUGCUUCUGGGUGGCUGAGUCCAAUGGCAGGGUUAUAGGCAUAGUAGGAGCGCAAGGAGCGGAGGAGUCUGAUGAUGUCAUGGUGUUGAGACGCUUGUCCGUCGCAAAGGACCAACGCUUCAAGGGAGUCGCCAAAUCACUUUGUACGACAGUCAUUGACUUUGCUCGACAACAGGGGUGUAAGAAUGUGACUCUAGAAACAUCCAUGAUACAGCACGGGGCUCACAAAUUGUAUGAAAGUAUGGACUUUCAGAAGACUAACGUCCGUGUAUUCCCAACCUGGUUUGCAAGACUCACAAACUUUUCUGUUUUCAAAUAUACAUACAAUAUAGAAACUCACUGAUCCUCGAAUAUAAAUUGACUUGCCACAGUAUGAGCUUUGCCCCAGCUCUCCUGAUAAUGCAGUAAGUCCUGCUUUGAUUCUACUGGAUAUACAAAGGAUUGAGGACAUUUAAUCAUCACAAACAUUUCCAGUGAGCGGGGAGGACAUUGCUGUCUUCUCCAGUCUUUGAAAUAAAGCAUCCAGUGAAAUAUCAGAGUAACUGGUAGCUCUCCUGUUCCAGCAAGGGUACAAUGGUAGACAGGAAUGGUGAUGGACCUAAGGAUAAGGACAUAUAUUGGCUUGAUAUGUCAUACUUUUCUUGUCCCUAAUGUCUGAAGCUCACACAGAAAAAUACAGCACUCUGAGAUGAGACACCAAUGAUGAAGCAAAGUCUGGCAUUGUCCAUCUGACAGGGAUCUACAUAUUCUAGGCAGGGAGGAGGACAUGUGGAACUCCCUAGUUGUUGGUUGAGUGAAGCCCCACCAUGCAGGUUGGUCCUACUCUUGCAGAUCAUUGUGUGUAUCCAGGUUCAUGGAAAAUUGGACAGAAAAUGCAAGACAAUCCAGCAACAUUGUGCUAUGGAAAAACUCCAUUCAUAACAAACGCUAUGUGGUGUCAAUCAGUUUUACUGAUAUAAUGAAAGAGUCAUGGUAGAAAACUACAGGGUGCGCUAGGUUUUCCUAUACUGUUUGAACCAGACUGGCGAGGGUGAUAUCCGUGUAUUUAUUUCCUAUUUAAAAUAUAUACACAUUGGCAACUGGAUACCAACAGAUGAACUGUCGGGGGACUUUGUCUGAAAACAGAAAAAAAGCCUUACUUAGCCCCGUGACGGGAUGAUCUGUGUUUUAUUUUAUAAGGCAGAGUCACAUGUCAGUUCAGCCCCACGGUGAGAUACAGAAUGGAUAUUUAAUUAUGUCUUUGUGGUCCUAGAGUGUUAGGUAGGUUUAUUCAAUAAAUAGCACUGUAUUAACUGAAGAUGCAGAGUCUUAAAGGAGAUUUGACUUUCUUUGAUAAAUAUGGUGUAAGUUAUUUCCUCCUUACAAGAUGCAUAUGUAUGCAGAUAUCUUUUCAUUAUAUGGGUGCCCAUCCAUUGAGA